CAACGAAGUAAGCAAAUCCCUCUUCUUCAAAGGCUGCUGCAGUGAAACAGAAAGGCGACGACGAAGGGUUUGUUCAAUUAGGGUUUUUUUUUGCGAAUCGCAGCUUCUUCGAAGAGAAGAGAUGAGCCGGAGCUUGGGGAUACCAGUGAAGCUUCUUCACGAGUCUUCGGGUCAUACGGUGACGGUGGAGCUGAAGAGCGGCGAGCUGUACAGAGGAAACCUGCUCGAGUGUGAGGAUAACUGGAACUGCCAGCUCGAGAACAUCACCUACACCGCCAAGGAUGGUAAGGUAUCACAGCUUGAGCAUGUCUUCAUCAGAGGCAGCAAAGUCAGGUUUAUAGUGAUACCAGACAUGCUGAAGAAUGCUCCAAUGUUCAGCCGAGCAAAUGCUAAAAUCAAGGGAAAGAGCUCAAUAGGUGUAGGCAGAGGUAGACCUGCAAUGCGAGGCAGAGGUACUGGGCGUGGAACAGGAGGAAGGGGAGGCGCACCACCUGUGAGGAGAUAAGCUCUUCGGCUAUCAGACAAUUAUAUUCAGCAUUCAGGAGAAGCAGCCAUCUUCAGCUUUUCGUUUAUGCAUUUUGGGUACACAGUAACUAGAACUCCUACAAGAUGACAGCCAGAGAGAGAAAAAGACUAUUGGUGUGUUUGGGUUUAGUUACUGUGAUGUUUGAAACGUUGUCCGUCUGUUUUUCCGACAUAAUGGUUAUGGAUUGUCAUUUGGUUAGAAACCAGAAGAGGAUGAUCUGAUGGUUUCUAAAUUUCGAUAUAAAAUUACUAAACAGCGAUUUUAUUA